AUCAACUCGGAAUGACACAAACUCGUUAUUGAAAUCGAAGCGAUUUGUUCCACAUAAAGGGGGAAAAAAGAGAUUAUUUAAUGUAAUCUUCUAUAUGUGAAUGGAAUUUUUUGCUAAGCAUAAUUAUUAACGGGCUGUUAUUUGGCGGGAAAAUCCUUCUAGUUUCCCGCCAUUAAUGAACUCCCUACCUAAGCUUCCUCCCUCUUCCCCUCCUCUCCGCCUCCCCAAAACCCAAAAUCCUCAGCCCCCAAGCAAAAUUCGUCUCCUCCGCGCACCGGCCGGAAUGGGCAAGAAGGCCAAGGACAAGCAGUACUGGCUCCUGAAGACCGAGCCCGGGGAGUGGUCGUGGGAGGACCAGGCGGCCAACGGCGGCGCUACCAAGUGGGAUGGCGUCCGGAACAGGCAGGCUCAGAACAACCUCAAGGCCAUGUCCCUCGACGACCUCUGCUUCUUCUACCACUCCGGCCAGAAGUCCCGCCGCAUCGUGGGCGUCGUGACGGUCACCCGCGAGUGGUACCAGGACGCGGAAGUGGGAGGAGGGGCCGUGGACGUGAGGGCGGUGGGGGAGAUGAGGCGUCCCGUAGAGUUGGAGGAGCUGAAGCGGGACGAGGGGCUGAGGAAGGGGGGUUUCCAGCUCCUGAAGCAGCCCAGGCUGUCGGUGGUGCCCGUGUUGCCGGAAGUGUGGGAGCGGAUCUGCGAGAUGGGCGGCGGCUACGAAGGGGACGGGCGGGAGGUCAGCCGCGAUGGGGAGGCGGAGUGAAGUGGCCAGUAGCCGCGAAGUCAAAGUGUUUGCUAAAAUGCUUAAGGGAGGAUGUUUUCUUUUGUGAAAUGACGGUGUUGCCCUCGAGGAACUUAGUAGUUUUGUAAAUAUGCCCUCAAUGAAGCGGAGAAAUGACUGUCGAAUCGUUUGUAAUUAGGAAAAAAGGAGGGAGAGGGAAAGGGCCAUUCCCUCCAACGAUUUUGUUGUUAGGCCCGCUAAUGCUUUUUAGUGAAUGAACUUUCGUUAUCGCUGCAACAUA